AUGCUCCAAUAUAAUGAUUCAUCCUCACCACCAUCAGCACACGAUCAUCACAGUGCUUCAUCCUCUCAACAACUCCAAGUAUCAUCCACAGUUGUGGACUUGAACACUCCAACCAUUAACAUUCCUUACGACUCUUUGAUUCAUGAAGAUGAUGACGACCACAAUAAUGGUGAAGAGAACCAUCAUCAUCACUCGACAACUCCUCACGACUUUAUCAAACAACAACAACAACUUUUUGAUGAAUCAUCAACGAAUGAUAGUGCUUUGACAAGUUCAUCCAAUCAUCAUCACGAUCUUGAACCACACGAUGAUGAAUCUACGACAUCAUCCAUGGUGAAUAUGGACCUAUCAUCAUCUUCAACAACAAUGGUUUCAUCACCAUGCUCUCAAAGAAUUGAUUCUCCCAAUUCCACUACUACUUGUAGUAGUAACAACAUCAUGAUGACGACGACUCUUCCAACCACAACCACAACAACCACCACCACCACAACAACUCAUUCACAUUCAUCGUUAUCCAAUUCCUCCUCAUCAACGGCUGCCUUGUUUAACACUUAUAAACAAUCAAGAGCAAACAGUCGAGCUGCGAGACAUUCAAGUCUGAUCAAUAAUGGAAUUGUGUUGGCGAAUGAAAGGAAUGGUCACUCCACGAGUGUCGGAACGGUGGUGGAAGGUUCCUCCACCUCGAUCGCAACGACCAGCUCAACUACAAAUUCUGAUCUGGUGGUGACGAUUCCUACUUCUCCAACAGGUGGUGGCAGUGUCGUCAAUAAUGGAAUUUCAUUUGUAAAUAAUGCCUCUUCCUCCUCCUCGACAAGUGGUCAACUCAAGAAUGUGAAACAUACUCCAGAAAAUGAUUACAAGUAUUUUGAAGAAAAUGUUCCAAAUCAGAGCACAAUUCUCGAUCAUAAUGGACAAGAAUAUUGUAAACUUUCGGAAACGUUGCACAUUGAUGUUGAAAAAUCAAAGACGGUCAACAAGUUCUUUAUUGAAAAGAGAGAUGACAAUGCCAUUCAGGAUUUAUUUGCAAAGAAUUGUUUGCAUUUAUAUAAUGGUGAAUUCACAGUGUUAAAACAUGAUGAAAAAGAGAGUGUGAAUGUUUUGCCACAAAAUGCUGAUACUACGAAUUUACUCUACUACGAACAAGCAAGAGAUGUUUUUGAAUUUGUCACUCGUAGAAUGACAUACCAUCCAAAUGACUUUAUGGAAGAUCAAUUGAACAUACUCACUAAAUUUUAUCGAUUCCGUUUGGAAGCUGGUGAACUCGAGCCCUAUUUUCUUUCAUUGGAACUUGUUAAUGCAAAAACUAAAGCCAAAUUGAGUGAAAGGUUUUAUUUCCACAUGAUUUCACACCAAAUGGUCAAUGGUUUUUAUGAUGAAUUGGAUGUUAAAAAACAGUUACAAAAACAAUUGGAUCAACAACCAAAAGCAUUAUUCUCCUUGUCACAUGUUUUGAAAGGAGAACAACUUUGUGAUAUUUAUGCUGUGAUUUUCGUGUACAAAACAUUACAAGGAGCAACUUCAGAACACAUUCUCAAACAACAUCACGCCGGAAGAAAGAAUCAUACUCUUGUCAGAGAUACCCAAUCCGAGUGUCAACAAUCACAACCAACUCCUCUCGAUGACUUUCAAGGUUUAAAGGUUCACAAAGAACCAUUUUUAUUUUCGUUCUGUCCUGUCAAAGAAAACGGUAUUCAUGCCUUCAAAUACUUUUUACCAAUAGAUGUACUCUUUCAACACAUUACUCCACAAAUUGCUGUAGAGACAGAAAGUGGAGAAGCCACAGUGAGUUCAAAACGACAGGCCUCAUACGUGGACGCAUUGUGUGAAAUUAUUAGCCAACACACUGAAAAUGUUCUCUCCUUUCACACACCACACUCGAGUCGUGAAUGUAGCGACCUCAAAGAAUUGCUUCAAACAGAAACAGAUGUCAUGAGAAGAAAUCUGAAAAAACUCAAGGCCGUUCCUGGAUAUCUAGUGUUUGAAACUUACAAAUUUAAUCCAAAAAAGUUUGAGAGCGAUCCUAUUGAACGACUGCUCUUGUUCGGAUCUGAACUAGAAAAACCACUGUUCACCACAAGUUCUUUGAUUUCUCUUGAGGAAGUCAUUCAAAAAGUUCAGUUGAGAAACAUGUCCAUUCUCAAUCCAAAGGAUCCUCAACAAGAAAAGGAGCUUCAAAAAUGUUGCGCCUCACUCGAAAAUUUGAAUUAUCAAUCAUACAGAAUCGAAGAAUUGCAUGAAAAGCUUCCAAAAUUCCCUCACUUUGAUUUUUCGCAUCUACUUUAUGUUUCUCCCGUUUCAUUGAAUAUUGACAAAUUUAAAGUUGAAAAUCUGUCAUCUUUGGAUGCUGACAUGGCGCUUUUAGAGAGUCUGUCGAUCAAAAAGUUCAAAGCUAAGAAUGCACUUGUGAAAAUUGAAUACAUGGAAGCCAUUGGAAAACCAGCUCCAAGAAUUAUUUCUCCAGUUGGACAAUCCUUAGUUUCGGAAAUUUAUUGCAACGUGCUGUAUGAUUGUGAUAACGUUAUUCGAUUUAUUGAUGAAAUCAAAAUUGCACUGCCUCUUCCAAUUGAAAAGGAGAACCAUUUGGUGAUUUCUUUAUAUCAUCUAGUCAUUGAAAAACAAGGUCAAAAGAGAAAGAAAACACUUGGAAAUGAUGGACAAGUUCCAAAAAUUUGUUUUGGAUACUCCGUUCUCACCAUCAAAGAUAUUGUAGACAAUCACUGCUCAAAGAUGACAGAUUUCACAUACACAUAUUCACUUCCCAUCUAUCAAAAACUGACUGGAAAUUAUCUCUCGGAUGCCAAACGAUUGAGUGUCAAUAUGAAUGCUGGAAGCUCCAAUCAAUUAAUAUCACUCGAGAAUAAGCGUCACGACCCUAAAAAAAUAUCCUUCUUGUGUAACGCUCGAGUAUGCUCCACGAUUUAUCCCAAUGAGAAAUUACUUCUUCAAUUCUUUGCCGAUUGUGCACCAUUCAUUAGUAUCAUUAAGGAUGGAUCAACAGGACAAGUGAAAGAGCUCACACGAGCUGUUAAGGAUUGUCGGAGAUCGAUUGAAAAUUUAAUGAAAGUUCCCUUCUCGAAAAUUGUGAGUCACUUCACACUCAUUAUGGAUAUGCUAUUGAGCGUGAUGUGUCGAAUUCCUGAUGUGUUACAUUCAUUUGUUACGGAGGCUGAACAUUUGCAAGAAACAUUACGAUCGAGUGCGUUGUUUGGAGAAUCGACCAUGAAUAUUGCUGUCAGUGGAGGAUCUUCUUCUACAGAAGAUGAAAUGUUGAGAUCCAUCUCGGCUCGUUUCGGAAUGGAACCUCCUCUUUCUAGCUCAGCUUCCUCAAGCUCAGGGGCAGGUGAUCGUAGAUCAAUAUUGAAGAGUUCAAUUUUAGCAGCUAAGAGAAAAUCGUUCACAAAUAAUUCAUCAUCAUCGCCUAAUUCCACUCCUUCUCCUGAAAACAAGGACAUGAAGGAACCUAAAUCAACACUCCAAAAGAGAUUUUCCUUUAAGAAUAUUUUGAAAAGAAAAUCAAAAGAAGUAGAUACUGGUAUCACUCCGUCACCACAACAAUCACAAAAUGAAGUUGUCAAAUGUGUUGCACAACCUGGAGAGGAAGGAUUUAAUUUAUUGGAAUAUUUGAAAGCUCAGCAAGAACAAGAACAAUACAACAACUCUACUCAACAAGACAUCAGUCACACAUCAUCCUCUCUGUUUGACCAAAAGCAGAACCAAGCCAAGAAUGACAAAGUGAAGAGAAGAAUGUCACUCACAGAUCGAUUGUUUAAUCGACACAAAUCAACAGAUGGUGCCACAGCUGGAUCACCCAUUGAAAGUUCACCUCCAAUCACUGCUGCUGACAGUAGCACUACAAGAAAGAGCAUUACAUUUACCACUUCAACUUUAAGCGCCUCUAGGGAAAGCCAAAAUCAAGGAGAUCUUUUCGAUUUCCUUGGAGUUUCAAAUGUGCUUUUUGAUUUGCAAAAAACAGUCUUCCAAGUAAUUGUCUCCAUGUUAAAAGGAGCAGCCGUUAUUACCGAUUGUGCAGAUCGAUCUAACAAGCUUCUCAAUACCUAUGUGAACUAUGUGUUCAAGGACAUUGUCAUGACUCAAUCUCCAGUUUAUGUCAAUUUAAUUGAACUAUUCACAGAUGUACUUGGAAAGGCUGAUGAUUCUCUCACAGUUUCAGUUCCAACGGAUGACGAGGGCCUGCCUUCACAUAUUUAUCAAUCUGAAGGUUCAGGAAGGCGUGCUGGAAGUGGAAUCCUCCGAAAAUCCAUUCAAGACAUGUUUGGAAACACUAAGAGAAGCAGUUUGAAUAAUGAUACAGACAAAUCUGCAUCAACAUCACAAAACAAUAGAAGUAGCUACUCUAUGAAUAUGAGUUUGUUUGCCAUUGGUUCAGCUCCUGUUUAUUAUGAAAGUCUUAAUUAUUCAUGGUUCUUCUUGGAUUUAAUUCUCAAGUCUUAUUUAUUGUGUCAGAGAGAAAAGACAGCCAGUAGAUCGCACAUGAGUGAAGUUCAAUAUAAUUUGUUAUCUGAAAGAGAACGAGAAGCGUUAAUCAAUGAUCAUGGAUACAAAUUUUCAUUACUUUUGAAGGAACUUAUUGGUGUUCUUGCCGAGAAAGCAGUAUUUUAUAAGGAUGAUUUUGCAAACUUCUUUGUUGCUUCUCAAAUUAAUAAUCAAUUGGCAUUCUUCUUUAGAGAUUUAUUAGGUUGUGGAGAAAUGAAAUCAGAAUUGGUGUUUGAUUUGAUGGAAAUUUAUUUCCGAGAAUUUGUGGUUAAAAAGACUGUCACCAUUAACACUAUCAAAUUAGGAAUUGACUUUUUACAAAUUCUUUGUGACUUUCCUCAAUUUAUGAAGCUCAACUUUGCAAAUUAUCAUCCAAAAGAGUACAUUCACCAUGAGUCCAUUUUGUGUCCUCCAUUCAAGUUGUUGACAAAUAUUUUGAGAGAUUGUGUGACAAAAUUUAAAUCUGAAAUUGAUGUUCACAACAGCGCUGUGAAGGUCUUGAGGUAUAUUCUUACCAAAGAGGAAUGUUUAUAUUUAUCUCAAGAAAAUGCAUCCAAAGAGAGACUUCAACUUCUCGCAAGAAUAUUCUUCCCUUAUGUGGUAAUGGUUCUCGAAAAUUUGAAUUCAAUGGAGACAAUUCCAGAAAUGACAUUGAAACAACACUUGAAAUGUUGUUUAUGGAUUCUUUCCAACUUAAACUCUUCCUUCUUUACAGAAUGGAUGAAAAGCUCUGACAAACUCGAUGCCUUUAUCAAACUCUUGGCAUUCUACAUUGAUCAAUUUGAAUUGAGAGGUAGAAACAAAUUUGAGAUGAAUAGCUUUAAAUGUUUUCAAGACAUUUUUAGUCUAGUGAAUGACCUUGCUCAUCCUAGAGUUUCACAAAUUAUCGCCAACCAUUCUGACAAUUUGAAAUUAUUUGAACCAACUCACAAAGAUUUGUCUUCGUUUAUAAAGUUGGAUAUUCGAGAUUCUGAAGGCGCAAAAUAUCACACAGAUACCAAUCUUGGUGAUAAGCAAUUCAUCGAAUACAUGAUGUUCAUUAUUGCAAGAAUGUUGCAACAAUUCUCGCUUGGAAAUCAAAAGAAAGUGGCUCUAGAAUUGACUUCAACAUCUGUGGAAAUUGUGACAAAUUACGUUCAAGAAUUUACCUCUAUUUUUAGAGCAAACUCAAAUAAUACUUAUUGGAAAUGGCUUUAUGGAGCUCUUUUACUUGGAAAGGAAUUUUCUGCAUCAACAUUAGAAUCUUUUCUUUCUGGAAACGAUUCCACAAAUGACAAUUCUAUUUCUAAUUCCUUGAUGAAUGUAUUAGAGAAGGUUUAUGAAUCAGAUAUCAUCACUAUUCAUAAAUUAUCGAAAUUAUUUGACGAAGCGACGGAUGCAGAAAAUGAAAUCAUUCUCGAUGAGGAAAACAAAAUUAAGGCCAGUACUCUCAAUCGAUUGGUUGCCAGAGUUUGUGAUCAAAAUAUUAGUGAAGAUUCCAAUUUCACAAAUACUUUCCUUGUCACAUACAGAUCCUUCUGUACUCCUGAAACAUUGUUGACAUUAAUGAUGAGCUAUUUUGAAUAUCACAUGCUUCCUCUCAUUAAUCAAGAUAUCAACAAGAAGAUGGCAAGUCUUGUACUUCGAAUGUUAAACACGAUUAGAGUGUGGGUUCAAGAUCACAGCUAUGAUUUCAAUAAUCAUUUGAAUGCCUCCAUGAUGAACUUUAUUUAUCGACAAGUAGGAAGAUUGUGCCAAAUGGAAAAACAAUCUAGUUCUGGUUACAUUAGUAUUGCCAACAAGAUUAAGGAAAGAAUUGAAGCAAAUUUAAUUAACAAUGGAGAAUCAAGAGAGAAACUUGAAAAAAUGUUCAGUAGAGAACGAGCUCAACCUCGAUAUCCAUCGAAAUGGAGUGAAGCAGAUGAAAAGAAACCAUUCAACAUCAAACAAUGGGAACCAAGUGAAAUUGCUAAACAAAUUACUCUUUUAGAAAGUAAUAUUUUCACAGCCAUUGAACCAAAAGAAUUCUUUGGACUUGGUUGGACCAAGAAGGAUAAGAUGACACGUGCUCCAAAUAUUUCACAUCUCACCGAACAAUUUAACAACUUGAGUACAUUUGUUGCAUCGGAUAUUGUUUGUGAAGAGAACAUUAAGAAGCGAGUGAGAAAAGUGAAACAAUGGAUCAAUGUUGCUUGGGAAUGCAAAAAUUUAAAUAAUUUGAAUGGUUGCAAUUCGAUUGUGAGUGCCUUCAACAAUGCUGGCAUUCAUAGACUUAAAAAGACAUGGGAAGCUAUUCCUAAGAGAGACAUUGAAAGUGAACGAUUGAAGCAAUUGAACGAAUUGGUGUCCAUGACCAGUUCCUAUAAAAAUAUGAGAGAUCAUAUGUCAAGAAGUGGAGAAGGGUUACCUUAUAUUGGAGUUUAUUUAACAGACAUGGUAUUUAUUGAAGAUGGUAAUAAGGAUUACAUAACCAAGGAAGGAUCUGAUUUGCAAUUGAUUAAUUUUGCCAAGAGAAGAAAAAUUGCUGAAGUCAUUCAACGAAUUAAGACACAACAACAAACUUUGUAUGAUUUCAUACCAAUUCCUUUCCUACAGAAAACAUUUGAUUUCAGUAACAUGUUAGAAAGUGAGAGAUCGCAAUUAUUGCUACCUGAUGACGUAAUUUGGAGUAAAUCCUUGAUGAUUGAACCAAGAGAACAAAAGCAAUAA